AUGGCCACCCAGCACCAUGACGGUGCACCUAGCCGCGCCAGCGAGGCACCCCAACACCGGCUGGUCGUAACCAGCCGCGAUUGCUACAUCUGCAGGGGCUCCAAGAGCCCGGAAGAUCCCCCGUGCCCACAAGAGGCGGGUCUCACCGGGGAGGGUGUGAUAGCGUGUGCCCUGCCUAGCGGACCGCUCGGCAUCGCGCAGGAGGAGGACAACACCACGCUGCGUCCAUACGGGGUGAGCAUGGCUCCCCCAACGGCCGGGAUAUCGAAGCGCAGGUCGCGCAUAUUUGUGCGCACCGGCGUUUCCGCAACCCACGCCACCGCCGCAAUCGCAGCUAUGAUGCCCAACACCACACCGCCAUUUACUAUUGGCACAACCCAUCGGCCGCCCGCUUUCCCGCUGCCCCUGCCCCAACUUCCGGGAACAGAGGCCGCGGCAAAGAGGACUACCACGCCGCCGGAGCGGCCCCCGCCGCAACUCCGCACGAGGACUUCACCGCCUGUCGCGCUCUCCAUGCCCUCACUGGACAUGGAGACAACACCGCCGAGCACGUUCUCCUUCGCGCCCACCAACCCCUACUCGCCGCCCUCCAUGUCCAGGCUGGACACGGAGAUAACACCGCCGCGGUCAUACGCGGCGGUGUUAAACACCAACCCGGACUCACCGCCGCAUGCGCCUCCGCGCCCGUCCCUCCGGACGGCGCCCACGCCAUCGCCGCCGAAGAAGACCGCCCAGCAACCACCGCUCGCCCCCGCGAGCAGGAAGAUACCGCCAAUAGUGGUCGACCGGCUGCCUGACUGGCCCCACCACUUCCGCAAGCUGCGGGAGUUGCUGGGCCACAUCCCCAACGCGCGCCCAGCCACGGGACUCUCCUGGUUCGCGUACGCCCCACCGGCGGAGCGCUCGUUGAAACUGGCCAUCCGUGGCCUACCCCUGGACACCGACGUCGCCGUCCUGGAAGAGGAGCUGCGCAACCGCGGCUUCGAGCCGACUUUCAUCCGGCCCAUCCAGGCUCGAGAGGGGAGACCGGGCUGUAUCUUCUUCACGGAGAUCCGUAGGACGCUGGGAUUCCAGCGAGUCUACGAGAUCUCCGAGCUCCUCUGCAUGCCCGGCAUCAAGGUCGAGGCGUGGAGGGGAAGAAGAGGUGCAGCCCAAUGCCACCGCUGCCAACAAUUUAGACACAGCAGUCACAACUGCCACCGUCCUGCAGCCUGCGUCCGCUGUGGCGAGUGCCACACUGCGAGCGAGUGUCCGCGUCCCCGGGACGACCCGGCCACCUGCUGCAACUGCGGGGGACCACACCCUGCGAACAGCCCCUCCUGCCCGGUGAAGAUGCGUGAGCUGCGCAACACCAGGGCGGGCACCGCACCCACGACCGUGAGAAGACCGACUCCACCAGCAGUCUCCAUCGUGGACCCCGGUAGUGAGCCGACCGCGCAGGGCUCACUCAUGGCCGCGGCAAAUGGCCCAGACGGGCCCAAGCCGAAGCGCCCACGAAUCCGCAGGAGAGCGAACCCUGCUCCCGUCGCUACCACCACUGCUGAGCCCAUCGCCGUGGAACCCGUCCCCCCGCAGCCCUCUACGUCAGAGACAGCAGCCGCCGCCCCUCCAAAGGGGAAGAAGGCGAGGCUCCGAGCGGAGGCUCCCCCAGCUCCCUCCAGCGAGAAGCUGGAAGUCCUGGAGGAGACCAUGCAGUUGCUGCAUAACAUCUUGGCCGCCAUUCGCACACAGACCGACCCAGUGCCCAUCAUCUUUCAACGUCCUAAUUUCAACAAGGUAGCGCAGUCUUGUCCACCUAACGGUGCCAACGGGAGGCUGUGUGCACAUCAUACGUCCGUUAGGACGGAAAAGUGA